GACGUCAUAGCGUCAUUCCGUGUUUGAGACUUUAGUAAUCUAUUCUAGCGGCCGGCCAUCUUGUUAAGAGUAUAAGUGGAAUAAGCAAUAAUCUUGUGAAUAUUUAGAACACGUGCUUUAAUAUUAGUGAUAUAUAUAAGUAAUUUUUUUAAUAUAAUUUACAAUGGUGCCGCAAACGAAAGUGUUCGUUGGAAGUUUACCACAGGGAUCGAAGCCAGAGGAUUUGAGAAAACUUUUUGAACGUUUCGGAGUCGUCACAGAAUGCGAUAUAAUGAACAGAUGCGGCUUCGUACACAUGCAGACAGAGGACCAAGCAUCCGCGGCCAUACGAGCCUUGAACAACUCCUCAUUCAAUGGCGGCGUAAUUACCGUCGAACGUGGUAGGAUUAAGGAACGGGGACAACGAAGCGGCGGCGGUCGCGGUGGUAUGAGGGGUGGCAUGCGAGGAUCGAUGGACCGUCGAGGCGGAGGCCCAAUGCGUGGGGGUCCGCCGCCGCGGGACGCUCCAUACCCACCGAUGCGUGAUUCCCGCGGAAUGGGUCCUAUGAGAGGGGCUGACAUGCGUGGACCGCCAAUGGGAGGAGGCGGUAUGGGUAUGAGAAAUGGAAUGGGUGGCGGAGCCCCAUACGACCGCGGCAUGGAGCGCCCUCCCAUGGGUGGCGGCUAUGACGACCGCUACAACGGUUAUGGAGGAGAAGACCGUCGCGGAUUCGCAUUAAUGGACGGACGCGGUGCCAGAGACCAAUAUGGCGCUCCACCUCCGAUGUACCCUGAUGACAGAAGAGGUUACGGUGCUCCCGUGGACGACAUGGCCGCCAUGUACCCGGACGAUAGACGUGCGCCCAUGUACCCAGAUGAAAGAGACAUGAUCGACAGACGAGCUCCAAUGAGAGGUGGACCGAUGCCGAUGUCAUCUGGCUAUGACAGAGCGCCGCCUCGCGCUGCCCCCAUGGGCAACGGAGACAUGUACAGCAGGAGGACACCACCACCCAUGCGUGGAGCUGGUUCAGCGGGUGGCUAUGACCGAGACCCCUACGGCCAGGCGUACCCCCCCAUGGGACGCGGAGGCGCGCGCGGGCCACGAGACGCACUUCCGCGGCGCUACUAGCGUCUAGCGCCCGGCGGACGGUCGCCACACACGAUAACUCGUACGAGAAUGAAUCAUGCGUCUAACAAAUAAGUCUCUAAGUGAUUGUAUAAGAUUAUUAAGAUGUAUAUUUUUAAUUUAGAUUAAUUAAACUCCAUUUUGGGAUGUCCCGUGUCUUUUCUUUGUGUUGUUCCGAUCGAUCCCGUCCCGAGACAUGUUCAUGUGCAUGCUCCUCUCAACAUCCACACGCUUGACUCCGCUUCACCUCUGGUUGCGGCUGUUGUUUUAACAUGUUGUUGACUUGCAGGAAUUACAUAUCUAGUUAGCCCGACCACGUGACCGCUGUUACAUACAUACAUACUUGCUACUGACCUGAUCUGUUGUUAUGAACAUGCUUACUACCUUUACUGUAUUUAAAGAGUGCACUUGACGUUUGAGUAUCGAACUGUCGGUAAAGACGCCGCAACACGGCUGUUAGGUAAAACAGUACGUUCGGUGGCGGCUCCCAGCGCAGCGCUCGAUGUGUCUACGAACUAUGAACAUGUUGUGUCUAACGUUAUCUACGAGCGUCUACUUUCACACCGAAAGUGCGUGCGAGUCCUUUCAGACGUUAGUAGCGGCCGUGCGGCGGAGAGUCUUAGUCGAUGCUAUGAACGUCCGGCGAUACGACUCCGGCCUUAACGUUAGGGGACGCCGCCCGACGACGAGGAACGCUAAACGUAACAACCGAUGUGGCCUCCGCCCGGCUGAACACAGGAAGUGCGCUGACACCUGGAAGACAACAACACGAGAGACGCGAAGCGGGACCGAGGAGGGAUCCGUUUGAGGUUUAGAGAUUAAUAAAAUUGUGCUGAAAA